AUGACGGACUUGCUUAACAGCAAUCAAAAGGAACCAAAAAUUUCAAAUUUUGAACUUGGAACUGAAAUUGGUAGCAUUCGGUCACAAAACACAAAAUAUAAACAAAAACUCAAUCACAACAAUCAACAAUCAACUAGAAGGGGUUCCUACCGAUGGUGGAGAUAUAUUAUGUCAAGAAAUGAGCAUAGAAGAACUGGAACCGGCUCUGGAUCAAGUGUGUUGCCACAAGCACCCCAAUCAGAAACAUUAACUAAGUCUUUGUCCAACUUUAUUCCAUCAGUUUCACAUUCACCCACAAAAUUCAAUGUCCCCCUUCCUGCUCAUGAGCUCUCUCAAACUACAGCAAGGCUAGCGUCUCCAAGAAGCUCUCCAAGAAAGAGCCAGCAAUCCAAAACCUUGGGUUCUGCCGAUCCUUUUCAGAACCUACCUAAUUUAACCUACUCAAAAGAUAGACCAGACUCACAUACUGGGGAAGAUUCCAACACAAUCAGGGACCACAUUGAAUCGCCCUACGAUGUAAAUUACCAAGGCCCAAUAACUUUGGAUUACCUACGAUACGUUUGCAAAAUGCUCACAUCUGUGGAUCCGAGGAGAGAAGAAUUGACCGAGGCACAAGCAGUUGCCAACGCUACACCUCCUUCAUCCAGUCGGGGCGAAAAUAGAAUAUCAACUCCGGAACAGAACAUAAGAUCUGACACAGUAGGAGCCUCUGCUAUUGAAAAGACUGACCUUGAAACUUCGGUACCAACGACUGCUACGCUAAAUCAAAUCGAAUCUAGGUCCCAAUUGGAAACUCUUCCGGAUGCAAACAAGCCCGAAAAAAAGCGAGUUUCAUAUUUGCAAAAAAUUCUACUAGCCCAAACUGCAAAAGCUGAAAAAUUAAAGUCCACGAGGAAGGAAGCUUAUAAUGAUGAGAAAAAGUCAAACAUUGUCAGUCAAGAAUUCCAGGAGCUGGUAUUGAAAUCUAACAAUGGAAAACCAGUGAGGAAGAAAAGGAAAAUUAUUGGGACCAAACCGGACUUUACAAUUGACGUUGCGAGGCAUGAAUCGGGUGCUGCUGGAUCUCCAGCGAAACACAGGGUGGAGAAGCAUAAAGAUGGUAGAAGUGAUAAUGAUGCAAAUAAUCAUUUUUUCAACAAGCACGGUGCUUCUUUUCUUAAACUGCCCGAGGUCGAACAUGACGUGCAAGCAGCUGGUGCAGUUGGUGCUAGGGUGAUAAAUCAACAUCCAAAACCGAUAGCAGAUGAUGCAGAAAACCCGAAUAUUCUACCUUCAAAUUCUGCGCUUGAGAAUGUAAUAUCUGAUGGGCCAACUGUUAACUCUGAACAACGGAGUCCAGCUAACAGUGAAGAAGUAGAGCGAGUGAAUACUCUCGAGCAGGGGCAUCUAGAACUGAACCAACAAGAUAAACUGAAAGGUCAAGUAAAUGAUGAUAAAGACUCUGCAUAUGAGACCCAUCGCAAUGAUGCUUUCAUUGAAGCGAAGGAUCUUGACCAAGCUUCGCUCGAAGCAGGACCCAGCAACAAUACGAAAACACAAAAUAAGAACAGCAAUGAGGCGCCAACUCCUGGGAAGGAUAGUAAUGAGAUGUCAAAUGAGAAACGAUCCUUUUCACUGGAUGGUGAGCAAGACUCAUUCAAGCUAGAAAAUACCAAGGACAAUGUUCUAGAGCUCGAAAGCGAAGACAAAAUAUCUAAGGAAACGGAAGAAACAGAACGUGUCCAAUUGAUCGAUCCAAGCCAUGAAGGUUCAGUGUCUAAGCAGGCAACUCUGGAUAAGCUUCAAGAUGACAUUCCGACACAGGUUGAUCAAAAUGAAGCGGUUCACAAACCUGAGAACCUUGACUCAAAUGAUGUAGAUGAUGAAGUUAUUCUCGUUGACAGAGAUCCAACUCAAACCCUGACAAAAGAAAUCAUAGAAGAGUCAGACGAAGUUUCAAAGAAAACACAUGCAAGAUCACCAGGUAGUGAAUCAGAUCCCAAUACCAUUGUCUCCGAGAAUCACAUUUCAACUGAAACCAUACCUCAGGAUACAGAAGUUGAUCAACAAAAUGACUCAAAACUCAAUCAUACUGGUAGUUCCCAAACAGAAAAUAUUUUUAGCAUCCUUCGUAACAAAGCUAGCACGGAGGAGGUAGAAAUUGAUACUUUUCAUAAAGUUGACUUAUCUGACGAGCAACCCACUGAUGGAAAUUCGGCAAACGAACCAAAAGAUGAAGAGUUUAGUAUCCUUGAAGUUGACUUAAUUACCAGAAAACUACUAAGUCAUCAAAAACUUGAUUUGAGCACCCUGGACAGUAAUUCACCACACACAGACAAGCUUCCAAACAGUAUAUUGCAGCUUAUACAAUCCAACUCAAAUGACUUCUUACUAAACCUAAUGAACAGUUUGAAACUUUAUGCGUUUUCGAGAGAUUCGCAUACAGUAGAUGUGUCUGACUUGAUUUUGUACCUUCGUCAAAUCAAUUUUGGUGGAACUGGAGAAACCAUGGGUGAUAUAGAACGAAUCUUUGAUAUAGCUCAGGAUAAUUUUCCACUUGAAUUAAUCAUUGAGCUUGAAAAUAGUAUUGAAAAAGCACUUUCGGAACUUGAAGCCGGUGAUGAAGGUGGGUUGUUCAUUGAAAAUAAGGAGGUAGAUCACGAAGAAGAAGAAGAAGAAGAAGAAGAAAAAGAAAACAACGACGAAAUUGAGGAGAGUACUAAUGCUGAUGAAAAUGAUAAUAACAAUAGUAAUGCGAAUAAGGCGGGUAAUGAACGAUCAGAGGAAUUUGAUGAAGAUAUUGAUUUUAAAAACAAAUCCGACGAUGAUGACGAUGUUGAAUAA